AUGUCCCCAUCAACCUUCAAGAACAGGUUCGACAUCACACACAUCGGCACAGCCACAGCCAUCUUCGAGUUCGACGGUGUCAAAUUCUUGACUGACCCCUUCUUCUCCCCCGCCGGCUCAACCUGGGACGUGGGCGGUGGAAUCAUCCUCAAGAACACCGAAACACCAGCUCUCGGCCUCGAGAACCUCCCACCAAUAGACGCAAUCCUCCUCAGCCACGAAGACCACGUCGACAAUCUAGAUGAACUAGGCCGCCAGCUCUUGAAUGGCCGACACGUCUUCACCACCGUGGACGGUGGAAAGAACCUCGCCCCCCGCCCAGCUGUCCGUGGCAUGAAGCCAUGGGAAACGACCUCCGUCAUUCUUGGAGGUCAGACUUAUGAAAUAACCGCUACGCCAUGCCAGCAUCUACCCGGCGGUGAAUGCACGGGCUUCAUUUUGACGACAGAAAGCUUCGGCGUCCACUCUGAUGGUCGGCCUAACGCGAUUUAUUUUUCAGGGGACACUGUUUUCGUCAACGAGCUUGCGAAGAUUCCUGAGAAGUUCCAUGUCCUUGUGGCGGUGAUGAAUCUGGGAUCUGCUCAUGUUGAGACUCCUGGUGGGCUGCUUCAGGUUACUAUGGAUGGUAAACAGGGUGCUCGGCUUUUCCGGGACAUUCAAGCUGAGUAUUUGGUUCCGAUGCAUUAUGAAUCCUGGGGUCAUUUUACGCAAUUUGGGAAGGACUUGAUGAAUGCUUUUGAUGAGGAGGGAAUCUCGGACAAGGUUCGCUGGCUUACACCGGGUAAAUCAGUAAACAUUCUGUGA